AAUAGCAAAACAAAAUGUAUAAUUCGUUUAGUUUUUUUUGCAUUUCUUUUUUGUCUCUUCAAACUCACAAAGUUUAUUCUGUAUCAUGGUGCGGUUUAAAAAACAUUUCAUGUUUUUUUUAGUUAUUUUUUCAUGAGGGAAUUUAAAGUAUAACAAAUUUAGUGCGGGAAAUUAAAACGCGCGAAAUAUAACGUAUAUGUUGAAUGUUUGUGAUAUGAAGAAAAAAGAUGGCAUUUGAGAUAAUAGUGAAAAGUUUAACUGCAUUAGUACGAUUAAGUAUCUUAUUUUCAGGUUUCUUCUUUUUUGUUGUUUUGACUGAUGGAAACAAAUUAAGUAUGAACUACAAACAUAGGAUGAUACAAGGUCCACACGAAGGUGACCACGUGGAUCAUGGUGACAUCAUGUUUAUAAAAGGAGAAGAAGAAGCUUUGUAUGGUGAGAAGGAAGAGAAGAAAGAAAUCACCAUAUUUGAAGAAAGAAGAUGGCCUUUACCUAUACCCUACGAAGUGGACGCCGACUUGCUUGAUGAAAUAAAGUCAGGCGUAAAGGCCGGUAUAAACGAAAUCGAAGCAAAGACUUGUGUCAAAUUUCGUAAGCGAAAGAAGGAUGAUAAAGAUUAUCUUUACUUUGUCGAAGAUGACGGCUGUUGGAGUUAUGUUGGGCGCAAGGGCGGAAAGCAAAUAAUCUCCCUUUUGUUUGGUUGUCAUAGCAAACAUGCAGUAGUUCAUGAGAUCAUGCAUGCACUUGGUUUCUUUCAUGAGCAAACAAGACCUGACAGAGACGAGUAUGUUAACAUACGCUUGAAGAAUGCCUUUGAUUGGGCACGUCAUAACUUUGAAAAAUUGAAAUACUCAGAAAUCAUAAAAAUCAAGCACCCAUAUGAUUAUAAAUCUGUGAUGCAUUACCCCAGAAAUGCGUUUUCAAAGAAUGGAGAAGACACAAUUGUUGUUCCAUAUAAACCAAGGCUAAGUCUUGGUCAACCCCCCACUGGUGGUCUUUCACUAAUUGAUGCUAUGCAACUUAAUGAGUUAUACUGCUCCAAAACAACAGGUAGGCCCACCACAUCAAAGACAACAUCAACGCAAAAAACAUUGAAAACAUCGACGAUGGAGACGACAAAGAAAUCAUUAACAGCAAAAUCUACAACACCAUCGAUAGUGAAAACGACAGUAAAAUCGACAGUAAAAUCGACAGUGAAAUCGAUAGUGAAAUCGACUGAAAGAACAACAACACGAUUGACAACAAAAUCUACAACAAGAUCGAAGGCGAAAUCAACCACUAGUGCAAAGUCUUUGAAUUCAACCAAUGUCAAACCCACAACUAUGAGUGUCGUAAGUCCUACUUUAACUAACCCACGUCGUCGUAGAGCUUUUCGGUCCAGAAGGAGAAGGUCGACGUUUAGACGUCGGUUGAAAUUCAGACGACGAAUUCCGUUAUAUCGAAAGAAAGCAAAAAAAUAUAGAAGACGAAACAGAUCGCAUAGAAGGCGUUCAAAGAAGCGCCAAAGUAAAAAAAAGUUAAGAAGAUGGAAACCACGAAAGACAUUUAACAAUAAAGUUUGACAAUAAAAGUUUAUAAAUAAUAAGUCUCGACCCAAAGCUAUUUGAAGGCCAAAUCAAAGAUAAGCUUAAAAGUACAAUUUUCAGAGGAAAAUCCUUAAUCCCACUUCUAUCCUUUCACCUGAUAGGCAUCCGCGCCCCAGGAUCUCUUACCCCUUAUCGAUUAUUAAGGGGGAUUUCCACGAAGCGAAUUGAACGGCGAAUUGUAUCUGAGCAUGCACAGUUUUGUUUGUUAUGAUUUUGCAUCAAAAUAUUCGCUCGCCGAAAAGUAGAAACAGAUCUUACUUUUUCGCGGCCAACCAAUGUAAACAAUGAAUUUGGCGUUUAAUUUAUUUUGUCGUGAAAAUUAAAAAGCGAAUUCGCCAUCGAAUUCACCGUUUAAUUCACUUCUUGAAAAUCCCCCUUGACGCAGCAGUCAACAGCAUUUUCACCGCUAUCGUAAUAAUAAAAAAUCAUUUGAACUUUUUUUGUUCUAAACAAACACACAAAAAAAUUUUGUUUUGGCAUUUUUUUCUUUUUCUUUUAUUAUUUAUACUUUUUCACUUAUAUAUUUAGAAACUUGCCUCUGGUCAUAGACAACUUUCAUAUGAAUUUCAUUCAAAACGUAAAAAUUCUUGUGUAUGUUAACUUUGCAUUAUCAAACAUGAAGGACAACCUUCAUAAUAAACCUACAAAUAUAACAUUCUCGCAUAA